AAAAAAGAGAAAGACAAAAAGAAAAAAGAAAAGACAUUUUUUGUUUUCUUCUCACUCAUCAACACACCAAACCAUUAUCCACACCAGUCGCAAACACAAAACCCAAAUCCAAAACAAGAAGUAGAGAGAAAAAUAGAUAGAUAGAUAGAUAGAUAAAUAGAUAGAUAUAGAGAAAGAGACAGAAAAUAAAAGGAAGAAAAUAUAUUAAUUUUAAUUUUUUUUAAUCUUUUUCCUUUCUUACAUUUUUGGGUUUGAUAGAAUCAUUUGAGUGCAUGGAUCGGAGUGAGUGAUAUAAUGCACAAAGAGCAACGCGCAAAGGCGUGGGAACUAACGGUCAGGAAAUCACAAGCAGCUAAGAAGCGCGUAGGCGGGCUCUUUUCCUCGACCACCAACAUGUCAGUGGUCCAGGGUGACGACGAAGAUGAUGAAGACAAUGUUGAGGAGGAAUGCAGCGGAUCCUCGCCUGAUAUCUCUAACGUCGAACGCCUUCUAUCAAAUGGCGAUUUCUAUACAGGCCAGUGGUCUGAUAACUUCCCUCACGGCAUCGGCAAGUACUUAUGGACAGACGGGUGCAUGUAUGAAGGUGAAUGGUGCCGUGGCAAGACAAUGGGAAAAGGGAAGUUUUCAUGGCCCUCCGGGGCUACCUAUGAAGGUGAAUUCAAGACCGGGUUCAUGGAUGGGUUUGGGACCUACACCGGGUCUAACGGUGAUACGUACCGUGGGCAAUGGGUUAUGAAUCUCAAACAUGGCAAAGGUCGAAAAAGCUAUGCUAAUGGAGAUUACUACGAUGGGGAAUGGAGGUGUGGGUACCAGGAAGGGAAUGGGAAGUAUGUGUGGAGGAAUGGGAAUGAGUAUGAAGGGCAAUGGAAGGGUGGACAGAUCUCUGGUAAGGGAUCAAUGGUAUGGGCGAAUGGAAAUAGGUAUGUAGGAUUAUGGGAAGAAAACUUACCAAAGGGAGAGGGACGGUUAUUGUGGGUUGAUGGGAGCUUUUAUGUUGGUACAUGGAGUAAAGAUCCACAGGAGCAGAAUGGGACCUACUACCCUUCUGGUGGGGCUUCUCCUGUCGGGAACAUUGAUUGGGACCCACAAGAAGUUUUCUCGGUUGAUUUGAAUGAUUGUAAGAUCUGCCCUGGUGAGACUGUUUCAAUUCUCCCAUCCCAAAAGGCUCUGAAUUGGACCCUACUUGAAGCAGAUUACACGCAGAAGCAAGAGAAGCAAGAGAAGCAGGUGGCUUGGCAGACACCCAAGAGCGGUGCUGAUAGCAGCAGUAAGCCGAGGUGGAGAAAGUCUAUAGAUGUGGCGAGGAGAAAUAACAGUAGCGCGGAGAAGAAUUUUGAUGGCAUUGGUAAUUGGGAGGGUGAUAUGUCUUUUGAUGCUUUGGAUCGGAAGUCGGCUUUUGAUGGUAUGGAUCGGAAGUCGGCUUUUGAUGGUAUGGAUAGGAAGUCGGCCUUUGAUGGUAUGGAUAGGAAGUCAGCUGUGGGAGAUGAUGCUCUAGGUCUGGCAGCCCUCCGUCUGUCAGAUGUGGAUUCAAGGGCGCCUCGGACGCCGAUGAUGAAAUGGCAGCAGAGGGAGAUGAAGAGGCAGGGAGAGACUAUUUCUAAAGGGCAUAAGAACUAUGAUCUGAUGCUUAAUUUGCAGCUGGGAAUUAGGCAUUCAGUAGGAAAACCUGCUCCGGCCACAUCCCUUGAUCUGAAAGCAUCAGCCUUCGACCCUAAAGAAAAGGUAUGGACGAAAUUCCCUCCUGAAGGAACGAAGCAUACCCCACCACACCAGUCUACAGACUUCAGAUGGAAGGAUUACUGUCCGUUGGUGUUCAGGACUCUCCGCAAACUGUUCAAGGUUGAUGCAGCUGAUUAUAUGAUAUCGAUAUGUGGAAACGAUGCACUUCGGGAGCUCUCGUCUCCCGGGAAAAGUGGAAGCUUCUUUUAUUUGACCAACGAUGACCGCUAUAUGAUAAAGACAAUGAAGAAGUCAGAAGUGAAAGUGCUUCUGAGGAUGCUACCAGCCUACUACAAUCAUGUCCGGGCUUUCGAGAAUACUUUAGUGACCAAGUUCUUCGGUUUGCAUUGUGUGAAAUUGACGGGGGCUACCCAAAAGAAGGUACGAUUUGUCAUAAUGGGGAAUCUAUUCUGCUCCGAGUACACCAUCCACAGGCGCUUUGACUUGAAAGGGUCUUCCCAUGGCCGAACAACAGAUAAGCCCGAGGCAGAGAUCGAUGAAAACACUACUCUCAAGGACCUCGAUCUUAAUUUCAUAUUCCGACUGCAGAAAGCUUGGUUCCAAGAGCUUCACAGACAAGUAGACCGGGAUUGUGAUUUUCUCGAACAGGAAAGGAUUAUGGAUUACAGUCUUUUGGUGGGCCUUCAUUUCAGAGAAACAUCAUUCACCAAGGAACCACUCAUCACUGAGGGUAAUGGCGAGCCUGAACAAACAAGUGACGCAGGUCCUCGUCUCUCUCGAGCAGACAUGGAUCAGCUUCUAUUAGACCCUACCCGGUGGGCUACCAUUAGACUGGGUAUUAACAUGCCUGCUAGGGUCGAACAGACAGUGAGAAGACCUGAUUGCGAAGCUCAGCUCAUUGGCGAUCCCACGGGGGAGUUCUAUGAUGUAGUCCUAUUCUUCGGUAUUAUAGACAUUCUCCAAGAUUACGAUAUCAGCAAGAAGCUCGAGCAUGCAUACAAGUCAAUCCAAUAUGACCCAACAUCAAUAUCAGCCGUCGAUCCAAAGCAAUACUCAAAACGCUUCCGUGAUUUCAUAUUCAAAGUUUUCACAGAAGACGCUUGAAGGCUCAGCUGAGAGACGUCGCUGUCGCUUCCAAGCCAAACAGAAAUCAGAAUUUUUUUUUUUUUUCAUUGACGCUAGCUGGUGGCCCCAAAAUCCUGCAUUGGAUUCAUGGCAUCCUCCGUGUAUAGUAUUUAAUGGAAAAGAUACAGUCUCUCGACUAUAUCUUCAUUGUUGUUGAAAGAUCAAUUGUAACGGAAAAGAUAGUCUCUCGACUAUAUCUUCAUCGUUGUUGAAAGAUCAAUUGUAAUGGAAAAGAUACAGUCUCUCGACUAUAUCUUCAUCGUUGUUGAAAGAUCAAUUGUAACGGAAAAGAUACGGUCUCUCUCGACUAUAUCUUCAUCGUUGUUGAAAGAUCAAUUGUGGCUGCUGAAGUUGCCAACAACAGAUCAUCAAUCUACAUAUGUUUAUGUAGUUAUCUAUAUUUUUCCAUAGAGGCACAGAUAAAUACCACUCUAGCCCAUUCGAUUGUAAAUGAAUUUACCCAAGGGUAAACCUGUAUCGGAGUUCUUUUUGUACUUGAUUCUUUUCUCAGAAGAUGAAUAACCAUCUCUGGAAUUUUGAAAAUGGUUGUAAUAAAA